AUGCCAUCCUAUUUUCAGCAGUUGAUCUUGGCCACUCUGGCUGCCGGCCUUGUUUCCGCCGCCCCUGCGCCUUCGCGUGUUUCGGACCUGACGAAGAAGUCCUCCUCUACCUGCACGUUCACCUCAGCAGCCAGUGCCAGUGCAAGCAAAUACUCCUGCUCAACCAUCGUACUGAGUGGCAUUGAGGUGCCUGCGGGCAAGACCCUCGAUCUGACUGACUUGAAGGAUGGAACCAAGGUCAUCUUCGAGGGAACCACCACUUUCGGCUACGAGGAGUGGAGCGGCCCUCUGAUCAAGAUUUCCGGAUCCGACAUCACCGUCGAGGCUGCCGACGGCGCCGUCAUCAACGCGGACGGUUCCCGCUGGUGGGACGGGGAAGGCACCAAUGGUGGCAAGACCAAGCCCAAGUUCUUCUACGCCCACUCUCUGGACGACUCGACGAUCUCGGGUCUGUCGAUCAAGAACACCCCCGUGCAGGCCUUCAGCAUCCAGUCCGAUAAUCUUGCCAUCGAUGGAGUUACGAUCGACAACUCGGAUGGCGAUGACAAUGGCGGCCACAAUACCGAUGGUUUUGACAUCAGCGAGUCCACUGGUGUCACCAUCAAGAACGCAGUCGUCAAAAACCAGGAUGACUGCAUUGCAAUCAACUCCGGCGAGAACAUCUAUUUCACUAGAGGAACCUGCUCUGGUGGGCACGGCCUUUCGAUCGGUUCCGUCGGUGGUCGCGAUGACAAUACCGUGAAGAACGUGACAAUCACCGAUUCUACCGUGACCGAUUCUGCCAAUGGAGUCCGCAUCAAGACUGUUUACGAUGCUACUGGCUCCGUCAGCGAAGUGACUUUCUCCGACAUCACGCUCUCUGGUAUCACCGACUACGGCAUUGUGAUUGAACAGGAUUACGAAAAUGGUUCUCCUACCGGCACUCCCACCGAUGGUGUUCCCAUCACGGACCUGACCGUUGAGGGUAUCACCGGUUCUGUGGAGUCCGACGCAGUGGAAGUGUACAUUCUCUGUGGCGACGGUAGCUGCAGCGACUGGACCUGGAGCGGCGUGGACAUCACCGGCGGCAAGACCAGCAGCAGCUGCGAGAACGUGCCUUCUGGUACGUCGUGCUAA